UCACUCUGUCACCUCCACUUUACUUCCUUACUCUUCCAUCCGCCAUGGCCAAAACCCUCUUCUUCUUCCUCAUUCUCUUCUCCUCAACCCUCCUCAUUGCCACUGCAAAUUCCCAGAUCUUCUCCAGAAGCUUAUCUCCAUCAAAGCUCGGUCUCAAGAAAGAAAAACUAAGCCACCUCCACUUCUACUUCCACGACAUAGUAAGUGGCCGGAAACCCACCGCCCUGAAAAUCAUACCAGAGGCAGCCGUGACUAAAAACUCCUCGUCAUUUUUCGGCGCAGUGUUCAUGAUGGAUGACCCGCUGACGGUGGGACCGGAGGCGAACUCGAAGAUGGUGGGAAAAGCGCAGGGGAUUUACGCGUCGGCGUCGCAGACAGAGGUAGGGUUUCUGAUGGUGCUGAACUUUGCUUUCAUGGAAGGGAAGUACAACGGCAGUAAUCUGAGCGUUUUGGGGCGGAAUGCGGUGCUUUCCGGCGUCCGAGAGAUGCCGAUCGUCGGAGGAAGUGGACUUUUCCGGUUUGCCAGAGGAUAUGCUAAGGCCGAGACUUAUAGUUUGGAUCCUAAAACAGGGGACGCCAUUGUUGAGUACAAUGUUUUUGUUUUUCAUUACUGAAAUGUUGUCGGGAGGAACUUUCAAUAAUUAAUUUUCUUGUAA